AUGUCCUCUACAAGUCACGCGCCGUUGCCUCAACGUUCCGGGCCGCGCCCCGGAAUGCACACUGUAGAGACGUCCCGUCUCCAGAUUGCUGUCAUACUCAUUCCAACUGACAGGAACGAAGCACAGGAAGGGACGACGACUCGUGAUCGCGUUCUCACGACACGCGCCCUCGAAGACUCACGGCGACUCCGGUCAGACUAUAUCUCAGCCGAUGCGAAGCUCGUUGCAAUGCCCCCUCGUCGCCUCACUGACUCUCUGAUGUCCUCACUUGUCAAUUACAGCUCCCAAGCAGCAGCGAACUCAGCACCAAAACCCGAGGUGGUUAAGCCUGAGCCUGCUGGAGAGCCCACGCCGAGCCUAUCGGUAGCACACAACCCCACCGCAUCAAGCUCAUUUCCGAUCGGCCCCAGCACCUCGGAGGUAGUCAAUGUUGAAUCGGCUCCACAAGUGCCCGGAAUCAUUACUCCCUCCUCUCCGAGUGCAUCCAGCCCUAAAGAUGUCGACAGGAAGGUGAGGUCGGCAGUUCCCGGUGCGGCGAGUGGCCCACAGUCGUCCCAAAGGAAGAUAAGCCCGAUCGCUGAUGGGUUGUCUGCUGGAGCGUAUGGCUCGGUCAUCUCAGCAGAGGCCACAGCGGGCAUUAAACCACUCGAGAUCCUUCCGUUCCAACCACUUGAGACGCUUCCGUCUCGACCGCUUCAAACAAUUCCGUCUCGACCACUUAACACGCUUCCAUCUCAACCACUCGAUACAUUUCCGACCCGUGACCUAUUAGUCUCCCGCGCUCCCUACGGGUCCAUUCUGGCUCUGUCUACUCCACGCACUGAGCAGACUCCCUCCGUCAUUCUCAAGAUCCCCUCUCCCAGUUCCAAGUCAAACGCACCCAUGGCUAGCCCCCAGUCAGAGCUCUCGUCGCCGCCUUCUACAUCAAGCUCUGCGACAAAGCAUACGGAGCAGACGGACAACGACGUCAUCGAUUCUCGCACCCAAGACCUCAUCAAUGCCCUGUCAUCUGAACCCCCUGCUCGCUCCCUUCGCCCUCGCAAGGAUGUCAAUUACGCCCGCAUUCAUCAUCCCUACAUGCGCCCCCAUGCACGGUCUCGCAAACAAUCACAGUCUUCCGACAAUCCGUCUACAGCAUCUCCGGCUAAAUCGCGCGCUUCAUCAGUCCUUCCGUCCACAGCCGUAUCUUCUACAAGGGGAUUCGAGCUCCAGUUUCCUGUGUCUGGACCGAUUGACGCGACCUUGACCAGACUUGAGCAGCUAUACCGCAGUCCUCCCCUUGCGGCGCCCGACCCACGUCGACUAAGUCAAGCUUCAUGCACUCUGAUCAAAGUUCAGGCGGCACACUUAGCGGGCAUCCUUCGGCGCCGACACGACGCUUGGCUCAUUGAUGCUCGCAGGCGAUUUGACCGCCAGCAAGCUUUGAACCGUUACUCGGUGAUGGCACGCAGUGCUCUCUAUGCUUCUGGCUCGGGUGUACGGAGUACGUCUUCAGAAUAUUUAAGCAGCGACGACCAGACGCAGCAUCAAGAAAGUUUCGACUUCGAGCAUGAGCCGUUGUUCAACAUUCGCGAUUUAAAAGCCGACUCAACCGGAACGGUAAAGGCACACUCGCUGAAGGCGGCGAUGAAGAAGUUCAUGGAUCAAAGCAAUGCGAUGUUUAUGAAGGAGGAGAAGAGGAGAUGGGCUGAGAGGCAAGAGAGUUUGAUGAUACUCAAUGCGGCUAUCUGCGAAGGGCAUCUGGAUAAAAUCGAUGAAGUUCUCAAGGAGGAUACGGUGAUUGAGAUAGACUGA